AUGACCAAGGCCGGUAGCAAGGGCGGGAACCUCCGCGACAAGCUGGACGGCAACGAGCUGGACCUGAGCCUCAGCGACCUGAAUGAGGUCCCGGUCAAGGAGCUGGCUGCCCUCCCAAAGGCCACCAUACUGGAUCUGUCCUGCAAUAAACUGACGACUCUACCGUCGGAUUUCUGUGGCCUCACACACCUGGUGAAGCUGGACCUGAGUAAGAACAAACUGCGGCAGCUUCCAGUGGACUUUGGCCGCCUGGUCAACCUCCAGCACCUGGACCUCCUCAACAACAGGCUGGUCACCCUGCCUGUCAGCUUUGCUCAGCUCAAGAGCCUGAAGUGGCUGGACCUGAAGGAUAACCCCCUGGAUCCUGUCCUGGCCAAGGUGGCAGGGGACUGCUUGGAUGAAAAACAGUGUAAGCAGUGUGCCAACAAGGUAUUACAGCACAUGAAGGCCGUGCAGGCGGAUCAGGAGCGAGAGAGGCAGCGGCGACUGGAAAUAGACCGAGAGGCUGAGAAGAAGUGGGAGGCCAAGCAGCGAGCUAAAGAGGCUCAAGAGCGGGAACUGCGGAAGCGGGAGAAGGCAGAAGAGAAGGAGCGCCGGAGAAAGGAGUAUGACGCUCUCAAAGCAGCCAAGCGGGAGCAGGAGAAGAAACCUAAGAAGGAAACAAAUCAGGCCCCAAAAUCUAAGUCUGGCUCUCGCCCCCGUAAGCCACCACCCCGGAAACACACUCGAUCCUGGGCUGUGCUGAAGCUGCUGCUGCUGCUGCUGCUGUGUGUGGCUGGAGGGCUGGUUGCUUGUCGGGUGACCGAGCUGCAGCAGCAGCCCCUCUGCACCAGUGUGAACACCAUCUACGACAAUGCCGUCCGGGGCCUGCGCAGCCAUGACAUCCUCCAGUGGGUCCUGCAGACCGAUUCUCAACAGUGA